GCCUCCGGAUCUAUGAUAUCCUGGCGCCCCAAGGUCCUCGCAUCAGGAGCUCCGGAACAGCCUCGGCUACAAUUUGGUAUUGAAGUGUUUGGUGAGGCUAUCCUUCAUAAAGUGGGUAACGGUUUAUAAACCUUCUCCCGCUUCUUCUACCCCUCUCCCCUCCCUCUGCUUCACACCCGACCCAUUGGCCGAACUAUAUCCACGACAAAACGUAUAUAGUGAGAUUAUAGACGGAUAGACCGACUAGAUGCAGCAGACAAGGCUCACGGGAAAGGACGUCGCGGAGCAUGACAACAAAGAGUCUUGUUGGGUCAUUAUUCAUGGGAAGGCCUAUGACGUGACCGAGUUCCUACCCGAACACCCCGGCGGCGCGGGCGUGAUUUUGAAGCACGCUGGUAAGGAUGCCACCGAGGCAUUCGAGCCCAUUCACCCCCCGGAUACGCUCGAUAAGUACCUCGACCGGUCCAAGCACCUCGGCGGGGUGGACAUGUCUACGGUAAUAGCGGAGGAGAAAUCCUUUGACCCGGACGAGGAAUCUCGACAACAGCGUAUCGCUUUGAUGCCGCCGCUGGGGAAAUGUUUCAACCUGCACGACUUCGAGUCCGUUGCCAGGCAAGUCAUGAGGAGGGGUGCCUGGGCCUACUACUCCUCCGGAGCCGAUGACGAGAUCACCCUGCGAGAGAAUCACUCCGCCUACCACAAGAUCUGGUUCCGCCCGCGAAUUCUCGUGGACGUGGAGCAGGUGGACUCGAGUACUAGCAUGCUCGGGAGCAAGUGCGAGGUACCAUUCUACGUCACUGCCACCGCGCUGGGGAAGUUGGGGCAUCUGGAGGGGGAGGUGGUGCUUACUAGGGCUGCUAGCAGGCAUGGUGUUAUUCAGAUGAUACCUACCUUGGGUUCCUGCAGCUUUGACGAGAUUGUGGAUGCGAAGAGGGGGGAUCAGGUUCAAUGGCUGCAGCUCUAUGUCAAUCAGGAUCGCGAGAUUACAAAGAGGAUUGUGCAGCAUGCGGAGAAAAGGGGAUGCAAAGGGUUAUUCGUUACGGUUGAUGCUCCGCAGCUUGGCCGUAGGGAAAAAGACAUCCGCACCAGGUUCGAAGGUGCUGCCUCCGACGUCCAAAAGAACAACCCAGGCGCCAUCGACCGCUCGCAAGGCGCUGCGCGCGCAAUCUCCACAUUCAUAGACCCCAGCCUCUCCUGGAAAGACAUCCCCUACUUCAAAUCCAUCACAAAAAUGCCCAUCGUCCUCAAGGGUGUGCAGCGCGUCGAAGACGUGCUAACAGCCAUAGAACACGGCAUCCCAGCCGUCGUCCUCUCCAACCACGGUGGCCGUCAACUCGACACAGCCCCCAGCGCGAUUGAAAUCCUGGCGGAUGUCAUGCCCGAACUCCGCCGCCGCGGGCUCCAGGAUAAAAUAGAGGUUUACGUUGACGGUGGCGUCCGGCGCGCGACUGACAUCAUCAAGGCGCUCUGCCUCGGCGCGAAGGGCGUCGGCAUCGGCAGACCGUUCCUGUACGCUAUGAGUGCAUACGGUGAACCGGGCGUGGUCCAUGCGAUGCAGUUGCUUAAGGACGAGUUCGAGGUGGCAAUGAGACUUAUUGGCGCUAGGAGUGUGGGUGAGCUGGGGCCUGAAUUUGUGGAUGUUAGGGGGCUCAGCAUGCACAGCGUGCCAACACCGGCAGAUUUUCUGUCGUCUGAUGUUUACGACAGGUUGGUUGUGCCGGCGUUUGCUGUCAAGUCGAAGUUAUAGCUUGCUCGCUCUGCCGGAGAGGUUUCUUUAUUUCUUUCCUUUCCUUUUUCUUCUUAGAGUGAGUUGAAUUUGCAUAUAUGAUAUAUAUUGCUACGACAGAAAAGCAGAAAUCACUUAA